AUGUGGUUACCCUGGGCGAAGACGCGCCCUCCAUCCGCCUCCCCCUCCCCCUCCUCCGCCACCUCCACCUCUUCCUCCUCCACCGCGCUCAUCGCCGCCUCCUCACCGCGCCUGUCCUUCUCCUCUCCCUCACUCAAGGACCUCCAGGCGCUGCUCCUGUCCGACGUCGCCACGCCCUCCCCACCGCCCGCCGCGCCCUGCUCCCCCUCCCCGUCCUCCUCCGUCCGCGUCUUCCACCGGGUCCGCGUCGCCGCCUCAGCCCUCCGCGCGCUCCGCACCCUCCAGGCGCCGCCGUCCGCCGGCGGCGGCGGUGGCGCCGCCUCCGAGGCCGACCGCCGCGUCGUGCUCUACUUCACCUCGCUCCACGUGGUCCGCAACACGUACGAGGACUGCCGCGCCGUGCGCGCCAUCCUUCGCGGGCUCCGCGUCGCCGUCGACGAGCGCGACCUCGCCAUGGACCCGCGCUACCUCCAGGAGCUCGCGGCGCUCCUCCCGCGGCUCGCGUCCCCGCGGCGCGUCACGCUGCCCCAGGUCUUCGUCGGGGGUCGCCACCUCGGCGGCGCCGACGAGGUCCGGCGCCUCCACGAGGCCGGUGAGCUCCGCCGUGUCGUGGCCGGCGCCGUCGCCGCCUCCCUCGCCGCCUGCGGCCGGUGCGGCGGCGAGCGGUACGUGCUCUGCGGCAGCUGCAACGGCAGCCACAAGCGGUACAGCGUCAAGGGCGGCGGCGGCUUCCGCACCUGCGCCGGCUGUAACGAGAACGGCCUCGUCCGAUGCCCCGACUGCUCGCCGCCGGACGUCUGA